UACAUCACCGUACAACUCGUUUACUCCUCCUUAUCUCGCGUCAACCGUCUAUCUCGGGUUGUUUCCCGACUCGUGUAAUGUUUACAGUGCGCAGAGGACGCGCCGAGCGCUACUCGCAUCAUCACUAAAUGACGCACCGGAUCGCUAUAGCAAAGUGCGCUUUACAUCUACAUAACAGUUUCACACCCGUUCAAUAUAGAUGGAACUGCAUCAUCUAAUCAGUUCAAAGUGAUAUUACUGCGGUGAUUUUUCUUUUCGGAAAAUGAGUGGAGGAGAAAUCAUCUGUCAAGGGUGGCUGAGAAAGUCACCUCCCGAGAAAAAACUGCGGAGAUAUGCUUGGAAGAAGCGCUGGUUUAUUCUGCGCAGCGGCCGCAUGAGCGGUGAUCCGGACGUGCUGGAGUACUACAAGAGUGAUCAUGCCAAAAAGCCCAUUCGCAUCAUAGACCUGCACUGCUGCGAGCAGGUGGACGCAGGCCUCACCUUUAAACGUAAAGAGUUUCAGGACAGCUUUGUGUUUGACAUCAAGACAGCCGAGAGAACAUUCUACCUGGUUGCAGAGACAGAGGAGGAGAUGAACCGCUGGGUGCGUUCAAUAUGCCAGCUCUGUGGAUUCAACCAGUCGGAGGCCAAUCACCAUGAUGAGAGAUCUACUGCCUCCCACAUUUCCCGUUCCUUGGCUAAUGAUCUGAGCAGCUCUCUGGCUCCUCUGAUUGGUGAACGUAAAACCUCUGUCCCUGCACAUUCCAGCCAGCCAAUGCUGUUUACGUUCGACAUACCUGUGCGCCACUCCCACAGUCCUUUGUCUAACAGUGCUCCUCAGGACUACCUCCUCCUCCAUCAGUGCAUGAGCCGCAAGAGUGAGAGCACACGGAGUGCCAGUUUCUCACAAGCCUCACGCAGCAGUCUUUUGGUGGGCAGUGAUUCUGCGGUUCAAAGACUCACUCAUGGUUUCUCUCACUGUCUGAAUGGUAUGGGCACCCAGCUUCACGGUUUCUAUAGCUUACCCAAACCCAGCAAGCAUCAACAGCCCCCCUCACGGACAGACUCUCGUGAUGCUUUCUAUGUGCUGCCCAGUGGUUACAGCUCCGAAGGGCCCUUGGAGCUUGAAUCAGAAGAUGUCUACACCUAUAAGACUCCCAGUAACACUCUAGCAGCCCCACAUGCCAAUGAACAGCGACCCCUCGAUAACUAUGAUAUACCUAGCAUUCCUGGCUCUGUGUACCAGAUCCCUCGCACAUUUGAUAAGAACCACAAUGCCCUGAUGCCAUCCAGUGCUGACUCCUCAAAUGCGCCCCCUCCCAGACCACCCAAACCCAGCCAAGGCUCGGAGACACGGUGGGGCAGCCCGCUGUCCACGGGGGCUCAAAACGGCGACAUAACCACAGUGUCAGUCAUCCCCAGGAGAAACACAUUGCCAGCGGUGGAGAACGUCAAGCUUCACAGAGGAUCCUCUUUUGAGACUAGCAGUCACCAGCGGCCAAUCUAUUUCAAUAACUCUGGUCAGUCAGUGGAGUCUGUCAAUGAUGGCUUCAGCUCUUACCUGAGAACUAAGGCCCCAUUGACCCGCUCCGACAGUGCUGGUUCUGAGGAUAACUAUGUGCCCAUGAAUCCUGGCUCAUCCUCAUCUCCUCUCAGUGCCGCCCUUGCUGACAGUCCCAAAAAUAAUUACAUUCCCAUGAGCCCAGGUCCUCACCAUUUUGAUUUCCCAGGAUUCUCUGCAACGUUGCCCGCCAGGAAGGGCAGUACAGCGUCAUUAUGUCUCCGACCUGGCCGACUGAGUGACGUCACACCACCACCAAUCAAUCGCAACCUUAAACCCAACAGGACAGCAAAACCAACACCUCUUGACUUGAGGAACAAUGGCAUUAUUGAUGAACUUCCCUUCAAGAGCCCCAUCACCAUGUCUUGGACCAGACCAAUGCCUAUGAAUUCCAUCUCAUCACAGCACUGUCGGCCCAUCUCCACCCAGAGCAUCACCAGCACUGAUUCUGCAGACAGUGAGGAGAACUAUGUGGCAAUGCAAAACCCAGCAUCUACCUCCCCAGCAAUGAGUGGUACCAACAGUCCUGCUCCCAGGAAUUGUGGUAAUGUGGACUAUUUGGCUCUGGACUUUCAGCCUGGCUCCCCUGGUCCACACAGAAAGCCAUCAACCUCUUCAGUGACAUCAGAUGAAAAAGUGGACUAUGUCCAAGUGGACAAAGAGAAGACACAGGCCCUUCAGAACACCAUGCAGGAGUGGACAGAUGUGCGACAGUCAAGCGAGCCGGUGAAAGGCAUCAAGUCUUGAUGUUCAAAUGGUCAUACACUGGCAAAGAGUGGGCACACUGAAAGUGUUCCUUCAUGUCAUCCAAAAUGCUCUCAUACUGUUACACCCUUAUUUGGAGAAUAUUUUCAUCCAAACUGAUCCCAUUCAUUUGGUCUUUGGAGGACAAAACCCCCACUGAACCUCCUGGACUGUCAAGCAAAGCAUGUUAGACCUCUUUAACUUUUUAAAAGUUCUGUGCAACCUAACUUUAGCUACUUGCUCUCUAUGAUUGUGAGUCAAGAACCAUAAGGGUUCAAUGUGAAAUGGUGCAGUUACAUUCUUUUGGCUUUAGUGAAAACUUGAGUCAUUUAAGAAAUAUUUGACCUGUUAAAAAUCAUAUUUAGAGCAGUCUUGUGAACAUUGGUCAGAACAGCACAUUAACAAGUCUAUGCGUUUAGUCGCUUUGGAUAUUAUAAAUUAAAAAAUAGACAGGCCAUUAUCACUCAUUUCCUGCUGGCUCGACACCAGAUAUGCAUUUCAAAGUAUCCAGUGGACAAUCCCUUACUUUGCAUGCAGUCUGAAUGGGCAUAAUGUGGCUAAAUUGAAUCAGUUGGAGUUGUCUGUAUAACACAUUUCCCUCAAACACAAAGCUUUCCUGGAUGUCACUACAAAAUAGGCUAGAGCAAACAGACAACAAUGCGCUAGUCAUAUAAUACAGCACAUCCGAUUUGUUGAUAUCCUUCAAGCCAAUGUUUUUUUUUAAUUUUUUUAUUGUGUUGUGUUUUAUUUCAGGUUUUAUAGCAAAUGGCUUUCUAAUUUAAAUAUUUUCUCAAUCACUGUCAGUGAGAGAGGUCAAAAUAAACCCAUGCUAACCUCACUUCCUUUCAAUCAAUCAUCUGGCUCCAGCAAAAUGUAGGGGGAAUGCAAGCAGCUGAAGCUAUAAAUUAUUACAGCCAUGCUUUAUGUCUAUGGAGAUUACUGGAAGGUCAAUACACUUUAGAGGGUGCAUGUUUAUAAUAAUACCUUAAACAUUAAAGAAUAAUCCAAUGCUCAGUCAAGAUUGUUUUAACAGAUUUGCAUAUAGCAGGGAUUUGAAGUUAAUUUAAGGUGUUUUUUUUUUGUUUGUUUUUUUAAUGGUAAAAUACAUUCUUCUAUCCCAGUUUAAUGUGCAGAGACAACUUAAGUAAGCUAUUUGUUGACUUGCCUGAAGAGUGUGAACACAGUGGCUCUCUGAUUCUUUGAACAAUGUGGUUUGUUUGAGCAGCCUGAAAUGUAAACUAGUGGCUCAACCAAUGGCACAAGUCUUGGGCAGGACUAUCUGUUUGACUGAACCAUAGCAAAUGAGCCCAGGAUGCAAGGGUAACCGGGUUGGCAGAAAAUAUGGACAACAGUGCCAAUUAUGUAGAAAUGAGUUUGAUGACAUUUCUUCCUUUGAAAGCCUAAAUUUGUGAGAAUACUGUAAUAUUAGCAUUAUUAAAAGUUAAGGAGAUACCAUACAAACAUAACUGAAUUUAAAAAAUAUGUGCUUGCUCAAGUUUAGGGACAAGCAAAACCAUCAAGAAUUGUCUUUUAUAAAUGUUCAAUCAUUCGAGAAAGACUGUGGGGAAUUUGUCAUUUCAUUCAGUAUUUUAUGGUGGGCUGGGACCUCCAAAUUCAAGAUUUCUAUCAGUUUGGGAGACAAAUUUUUUACUUUGAAUCAUUUCAUAUUCCUAAACCACUUUGUAUUUAGUGUAAACUUUACUUACGAGAUUGUGAGUGAUGUGUACUCAUUGCUAAAUAAACCUUACAUAGAUUGUCUGUAAGGCCGAAACAUACUUCUAGCUACGCAAGUUUGAUUUCAUGCGUUGUUGCAUUCCAAAAUUUGUUAGACCGCAAUUCAUAACACAAUGCAAAUGUUGCUUUCUCAACAUUAAUAUCAAAAAAAGAUCUUGCACCUUAGUCAAAAAUUGUGUGAUGUGACUGCAAAUGCUUCAAUCUCAAUACAAUCCAAAUGGAAAAAAUGCAACUCACUUUUAUUUAUCCACAAAAAGAGGGAUUGUGAGCCGAAAUAUCCAAUGCUCUUCUUUUAUUAUUCCAUCAAUACAAAAAUGUGCAGUUAAAGUGCUCCGUGUGUAUUAAAAAACACACAAAUGUUUCGGUCCCACUGGACCUUCUUCAGUGUUUGUCUUAAUCUACAAACAAUGAACACACUUAUAUACUUCAAUUAUCCAAUACACGUGAUCAAUUAGUCUAAUACAAACACAUAGUGAUCAUAUGAUCCAAAAGCCCAUAUCACGUGUUGGCACAGCUAUCAUCAUCUGGAGAGCAAAAAAACAAACAAACAAAACAAACUAGAAUUAUAGAAAACAUGACAAAUUAAAUUCAUCAUUAAGACCAUGUGGUUGAACCAUAUCCAAUCGGAAAAUCCACUUACACUCGGAUUGUAACAAUUUCUGUUCAACACUGGUAUAUCGAUGCAUGGGAUGUACCAUAUCGAUUCCACAAAAUGACAGUAGCUCUACAAAGUAUCGCGCAACAGGUGAUUUAUUAUCAGCUCUACUAAUUGCGCUUCUGUGUUCAUUAAUGUGAAAUCGGAGUUGACGAUUAGUUUUUUUCAACAUACUGAAAGCCACAGGGGCAAGAUAGUAAAUAUAUAACAUUGACUGAAUGACAUGAAAUAAACUGUCUAAUUUUGAAUUCUUUCUUUGUAGAAUGACUCACAAAUUUAUUAACCUUUACAUUUCGACAGGCUAAACAAUGUUGGCAUGGAAAUAAUCCAGUUGGACCUUUUUAUUAGCCUGAAACUCCUAUCUGAGGUGGCUGUGUCAGCUUCCUCAACAUUGCCACAAGGGGUGCUAUAUUGAGAUUUGUGUGAAGCUCUGGUCACACUACACUUCACGCUCCGUUUACUCCCAUUCAAACGCAUCCAAAUGCGAGAGACUAGAAACGCAAGCUCAUGCUAAGAAAUAUUGUAUUACACAGCAGAUGAAAGUUUAAGUUUGGUCAAAUCUGACCUGCAAAUCCAUAUGACAAGAGGACGCAUGACCAAGAAGAUCGAAACGUCACACGCUGACCACUUGGCCCUAUACAAAUUAUACUUAUUUCAAAGCUGCAUGUUUUAUUAUUGUAGUAAAUUGAGUAGACUCAAUAUUUUAACAUUUUGAAUAUAAUAUUAUUUGUUAUCUGUGAUGUAUUAUUUACUAAAACCAGAAGCCCUCCCACAUGACAUCAUAUCCUGGUCCGUUGCGCUGUCUGAAAAAAUUGUGUGUGCUCAAAGCCUAGUGUUACUGCCCCUUGAACUGUCCACUUCUACAUUGAUUUUUCACUUUCAAGCCAACUACUGUCAUGGCGAUGCAACAGUUUGAAGAGAAAAUUGCUGUGUGAGUAAGUUAAAAUCAGUAUAUGUAUAGCAACUUACCAGAAUAAUAACAAAUCCAGUUUAAUGGCACAGACGUUUGAAGGUAACUCUAUCGCCCCCUUGAGUACUGAAGUUUGUUCCUGCCAUGGUAAUGCAAGAACGCACGUUAAGCAUGUUCAGACCGCAAAUAUGUUUCGGCCUUUAGAUUCAGAUCCCUUCAUACUCAGUGGUUUAUUAAAAAGAAAAAAAAACUGCAUUACAAGACUGCCAUUAUUUUAUGAUGUUAAACUUUGUGGAACACAAAUUCUGUUACGACUUAACUCUGGCAUUGGCCUUAGCAGUUAAUUACCAUGCUUAUGUGAACAGUUGAGUGUCUGAAAUAGGUUUCUUAAUGUCUUUUUCUAUUCUGAAAAAAAUGUAAUGUAUUGUAAUGGGAGAGUACAAGUGAAUAUAAUACUUGUGUGUGAGCUGUAGUAGUUUUUUUUUUUUUAUUGUAGUUUGUUAAGGGGUCUUGUGAAAUCAGGGCAUGAGAGAAAAAACUACUUUGACAAAAUGUCAGAAUUUUUUUUUUGUUUUGUUUUCUGUAUAGCAUUUCUGUUCAACUCUUGGUCGCUUGUGAAUUAAUUUAUUAAUUUAUUGUGUUUUGCAGGUGGACAAAAUAUGUACAAAGUAUGCAUUUGUGGCUCUACUAACAUUAAUUUAUGCUAUGUGUCUUGAUUUUGUGAAGCAAUAUUCCAAGCAAAGCCAUUAAAAGUUUAAAUGUG